UCACAAAUUUAUAAUAUAAUUUAUUUUCAAUAUUUUUAUCACUAUUGGUAAUUUGUUUGACGAAAACAAGGUUUUUAAAUAAAGAAAUACAUAACAUCACCAAGUCCUCUGCGCCAUAAUAUUCUGUUCUAAAACAUGGCAGUUGAGCAGGAGCGAAUACAUUCCCAUACGGUUCCGACAAGAUCAAGACUUGAGAUAAAUGUUAGACAAUUACUGCUAAAAUGUGAAAUAAUGGCAAAACAAGAGCCCAUAGAUGGUAACUACAGACUAAAACAAUACGUGAAAUCAUUAAAUGAAAUGAUAACGGAACUGAAGACUGGCCCAGAUAAACCUGGGAAAGAAGUUUUGUCAGAAUACACCAAGAGGGCAGCUUUUUUAAAAGGAGUGAUCCAAACAGCGACACUUAACAGUCCAACAGAGAAGUUGGAAGCAGCACAGUUGCUGUCUCAUGGAGCAGCCACGACAACUGUUGACGGUGCUGCACAAGAGAUACACCAGAAGACGGUAGCCAAAUAUGGUGUCGAACUUAGGUCUGAACUUUUUGGACUAGAAGAGAGUGACGACAAGCUUCGCAAACGUAACAUCAUCAAGGCACCGAAUUUCACCAGCAACAGUACCAGUCAAGAAGAUAUAGAUUCCCUGCUGAAGUACCAUCAGAACAUGCAGGAAAAGGUUGCAGAGAACAUGGUGAUGCUGACAAAGAGUCUGAAGGAACAGUCCCAAAUUGCUAGCACUAUCAUCAAAGGGGAUACUGACGCUCUGAAAAAAUCAUCAGAACUCACAGACAGAAACAUGAUGUCGCUGAAAGUGGAGUCAGAGAGGUUGCAGGAGCACAGCCGCAGCGCUUGGAAGUGUUGGCUGUGGCUGAUGCUGGCUGUUGUUAUGGUUAUAUUUAUAAAUAUGGUGCUCUUCAUGAAAGUUAUGAAGAAACGAAAAUACGACGCGUAAAGGUGCCGAACUCUCUAAAUCUAUCUUCUAAGUAAUUAUUACUUACUGUUAGUUUAAACUUUAGGGUACUCAUUCGAUAAGUAAAUGAAUUAAGCGCUAAAGCUAGAAUUAUUAAUUAUUUAAUUUGUUAUUGUUUUUAUAGAAUUUUAUUUAUUUUAAGUGUGUGGGAUUGAUGCCCAAAGAGUCCAACCAAGUUUGCUUGAUCAAAGCCUACUAUAGUAUAUUCCAAAGCUCUUCGUUACAGAAAAUACUACAUUGUACUAAUGUGUGGGCUAUGGAAUGUCCUCUAUAGAAAAUAUUUUAUAUAAUAUUUUAUAAAAAAUACUUUUUUUAAACUAUGAUUUUUUCACUAAAGACAUCCAAAAUAACGUUCUGCUUGCUAAUUACAAGCUAUAGAAACUGGGCAGUUGGUACUGGGUAAAAGAAACAAAUAAAUUCGUUUUCAACGUUC